CCAGCCAGCCCGGCACUUUCCUUUUGGGAGCGGGGAGGAGCAGCAGCUGCGCAGGCGUCUCUCGCACCCUGUUGAUUAGUCAGUGCUGGGAUGGCGUUUCCUGGGCCAGUCGCAGCUGCGAGCCGAGCGGGGAGCAGCCCCGGGGGGCUGGAGGAGCAGCCGCAGCCGCUGGGCGGGUGUCACCUUGCGCUUCGCCAAGCCUAGCAUGUCCCGGGGAAGCGGAGGUGGAGGCGGCGGCAGCAGCUGCAGCAGCCGCCGUUGAGCAAGGCGAGCUCCGUCCUGUUGGCUGCAGCACCCCGCCGGGCAGGAGCCGCCGCCGCCUGCCAGCCUGACUCCCCCUCCCCGGGCCCGGAGGCGGAAGGGAAGAUGGACCCGGGCCCCUCGCUGGGAUCCAGUCUCAAGGAUGUGAAGUGGAGCGCGGUGUCCGUCCCCUUGGACCAGCUGGUUAGCACCUACCGGCUGCCCCAGCUCGUGCGGCUGGACAGCGGAGACGCUGUUGAAGGCCUUCGAGAAAAUGAUUACCUUGUGAUUCAUUCAUGCCGGCAGUGGACAACAAUUACAGCUCAUAGUCUGGAGGAGGGUCAUUAUGUCAUAGGGCCAAAGAUAGAAAUCCCUGUACAUUAUGCAGGGCAGUUUAAGCUGCUGGAACAAGACCGAGAUAUUAAGGAGCCAGUGCAGUAUUUUAACAGUGUGGAGGAGGUGGCUAAAGCAUUUCCUGAACGAGUUUACGUCAUGGAGGAAAUAACAUUCAACGUUAAGGUGGCUUCGGGUGAAUGCAAUGAAGACACAGAGGUUUAUAAUAUCACCCUCAGCACUGGGGAUGAACUCACUUUAAUGGGACAAGCGGAAAUCCUUUAUGCAAAAACGUCCAAGGAAAAAUCACGACUCAACACCAUCUUCAAGAAAAUUGGGAAACUUAAUUCCAUCAGCAAGCUAGGCAGAGGCAAAAUGCCGUGUCUCAUCUGCAUGAACCAUAGGACCAAUGAAAGCAUUAGUCUUCCUUUCCAGUGCAAGGGCAGAUUUAGCACACGCAGUCCACUGGAGCUACAGAUGCAAGAAGGUGAGCACACAAUUCGCAAUAUAGUAGAAAAAACAAGGUUGCCUGUUAAUGUAACUGUGCCAAGCCCCACACCAAGAAACCCUUAUGACCUGCAUUUUAUCCGCGAAGGGCAUAGAUACAAGUUUGUCAACAUUCAAACCAAGACUGUGGUGGUUUGUUGUGUGCUGCGUGGUAACAAAGUUAUUCCAAUGCAUUUUCCCUUGCACUUGACUCUUCCAAAGUUUAGCCUCCCAGAAAGUCUUGUGAAGGGGGAGCUGUGGCAUGAAACCUUGGUCCAGCACUGGUUUAAUAUCUGCCAGGAACAGUUUGACAUAGAUGAAUAUUCCCGAGCAGUGCGAGAUGUGAAAACUGACUGGAAUGAAGAUUGUAAGAGCCCUAAGAAAAGUCGAUGCACUGGGCACAAUCAUGUGCCCAAUUCUCUCAGCUAUGCCCGGGAUGAACUAACGCAGUCCUUUCACCGGCUCUCAGUUUGCGUUUAUGGAAACAACUUGCAUGGAAAUAGUGAAGUGAACCUUCAUGGGUGCAGAGAUUUGUGUAGCGAGUGGGCCCUGUUUUCUCAUGAUGCUCUUCAGUACCAGGACUCUGGUGAUAGUAGCAGUGACUACCUUUUUCCUGAAGUUAGUGAAGAAUCAAUGUUUCUACCUGGAAAACCAGAACUCCCUUAUGAAGAACUGUGGCUGGACCAAGAAUCUGGGAAGCCCAACGAUCAGCCUCUUAUUCGCUCACUAAGUGAAAAAACCAAAUGUGAUAAUUACAGAAGUUCUUUCCGGUCAAAGGGCGGUACUGCAUCUCUUCCUAUACCUGGAACUCUAGCAGCAGCAACAAAAUCUUCAGAUGUUUCCCUACCUCCACCUCCGGUGCCUCCCAAAUCAGAAGCUGUAAGUCAGUGUUACUUAUUUUUAUUUAUAUAUUUAUUUGUUUUUAACUGAGCGUGCACUUGGGGAAUCAUUAGGGCAAGACCCAGUCUUGAGAUGGGGAAAGGAGAAAUGUAUAUUGCAAUCUAAUCCUUGCCACGUGAAAAUCAUAACAUAGGAUUGAUUUUAAAACAAAUUAACAACUAACAUUUAAUCCCUACACUUUGGGAUGUAUUUUGCCUUGGUUAUUGCUCUUACAAAUGAGGAUUCGCAGAUCCUAAAUGAGCCCUUCACUUUUCCAAUUAUACCUGCCCUUCAAUGCCUCACAUUUUGCUCAAGCUUUUUGUUGUUGAAG